AUGUUGGGGUAUACGAGAGUGGACGACCUUGGUCAUUAUUUGGCGGUUCCAAUCUUGCAUGAAGAACCUUCGGUGGCUGUGCGGGCUCUUUGGAAAGUGAUCUGGGCUUGGCUGGGCCCACCUCGUAUACGUACGUUUCUCUGGCUGCUUACGAGGAACCGCUUCCUUACUAAUUCCGAGAGGUGUCGCCGGCAUCUGUCAAGCUCGAACGGCUGCGUGUGGUGCGGGCUUGAAGAAGAGACAUAUUUGCACGUACUUCGCGACUGCCCUCUGGCUAAGAACAUCUGGAACCGUCUUCUUCCGGCGGCCGUAUCUUCCCAGUUUUUCGAUUUGCCCUUGGAUCAUUGGCUUGAGCUCAAUUUGCUGCAUGGGGCUGAUAUUGGGCAUAUGUGGGAUCGGACUUUUGGUGUGGUUGUGUGGAAGAUUUGGAAGUGGCGUAAUGAGUUUAUUUUUCAGGCGCGUAGCGACUCGGUGGGACGGGGCGACUUCGUAUUCCUCGAUGGAUCCGGCAGUGCGGGUGGCCUUUUAUGGGAUGAGAAUGGGAAUUGGCUUGGGGGCUUCACAGUGAAUAUCGACUAUUGCUCGAGUAUGGCAGCAAAAUUAUGGGGGCUCUUUCGGGGACUUUCCUUGGCCUGGGACCUGGGAUAUAGGCAGGUUGAAGCUGAAGUUGAUAAUGCCAGUGUGAUGAGUUUCGCGGAGUCGUUAGGUGAUGUCUCGGGAGUGCAUUCGGGCCUUAUGAGGAGAAUUAAAGACUUAAUGUGUCGCUCUUGGCAAGUUAAGGUGAAACACGUGUAUCGCGAGGCGAAUUUUCCAGCCGACUUCAUGGCUUCCUUCACUGCGGAGGGUCCGAUGGGAUAUCAUUCGUUUAGUGUGCCCCCUUCGGGGGAAGAGCUCGCGAGGCCCAUCCACGUUCGUAAAGAAAUAACCGGAAAAAAAGUUUCCAGGCCUCGUACCGCGAUUACGAGGAUCCCGAUGGCUUCUCCUCCAGAGGUGAAGAAGACGAUGACGGGACAAAUUCCAUCCCGGAACUGUUCCAGCGUGACCGUUGUCGGAGGAUCUUCGUUUGGACAUCUACACAGGCCGGGGGCAGGCAGUCACCGAUUCGGAGUCCGAUUCCGAGGUAAAUCUAGGGCUUGUAACGAUGGAGAUUAUUACGAUCCUUUUUAUGGUUUUAAUGAUAAUUAUCGUGCUGGUGAUAACGAGAGGGACGAUUCUGAGUGGGAAUAG